AUGUAUCCACACAACAUAACAAUCAUAUUGAUCAUGUUGGCAUGUGCUCAGUUGACCAGGCCAUGUCCAACUUACCCUCAGCCAACAUACUUGGACCAAUCAGACAGCUUGUUGAUCAAGACUUACCAGGCUGUAGAUGAUAUGAUACAGUCCAAGAUGGAACAAUAUGGCAUACCAAGCUUUGUAGCCUCUGUUGUCUAUGGUGAUGAGAUUGUGUGGUCCAAGGCAUACGGCCUGCUCAACCCUGCCAACCCUCAAUCAUCGCCACCACUCACACUAGACAGCGGCCUUCGCAUUGCCAGUGUAACCAAGUUGUUCACCGAUCUGAUGAUGUACCAACUGCGAGACGCCCACAUCAUUGACUCCAUCGACGACCCUCUCAGCAAGUAUCUCACCAACUUUAGCGUGAACAACCCUUAUGUUGCUACGAGCAAACGGCCAAUCACACUUCGUCAACUGAGCAGUCAUCAAUCAGGCUUGGCACGUGAGAUACCUUGUAGUCAAAUGACUGAUCCUGUCGAGUGUAGUCUACAGGCGGUACUAUCCCGAGUGGCACGACAAUACCUCGUAGUACCACAAUACUCAAUCACACAUUAUAGCAACUUGGGAGUGUCCUUGCUUGGACAUGCAUUGGAGAGCGCGAUCAACGAUGGUGAUGACCGAUCAUACGAGAAGUAUGUCACUCAAUCAAUUUUGGAACCAUUGGGUAUGAUCAACAGUACAUUUGAUUACCAAGAUUAUGCUUCUGAUCAGUUGGCAAUUGGUGUGAACAAGUUGCCAAAUGGGUCGUACCAAGCCAUCGCUCCAUCAAACAAUGGAUGGGGCAAUCCAUCUGGCGGUCUCUAUUCGACCGCCCGCGACAUGUCACGGUUCAUGUCAUUUUGGCUCACGCAAUACUCAUCAGUCCUGGACCCUGCCACAGUCAAUGAGGCGAUGGAACCAGUGUCAGUGGUUAGCAAUGGCGCGAUGGCCUAUGGCACACCAUUCGAGAUGUAUUAUGACACGAACAAUGAAGUAUGGUUACAUUGUAAACUUGGAAUAUUGAAUGGAUUCCGUGCACAGGUGGCCAUGGCACGACCUUUUAAACUUGGUGUAUUCUUUGCCGCCAUGAUGAACUUUGACACAACAGAUGUAUUCACACAAGAGGCACUUGAUAUCCUAUUACCAACAUAUCAAUACUUAUUGGAACAACAACAACAUCAAGAUCAAUCAAUAAUUAUACCAAAUUCAAACAUAUUUAUUGUAUAUGGAGAUGGACUUGGACACCUUUUUGCCAUACUCAAUGGAGCCGCACCAUUGUACAACCUGACAACAUUUCAAGUGCCCGCAUCAAACUUCAUGGACAUGGACAUGUACAUUGAUAUUGACAUGGACACAUCAUAUAUACUAAGACUAAUGAUUUCCAAUCCUGAUGAUCAGAUAUGUAAGAACAUUGUUGAUGGUGAGGAUUAUGAGUUGAUAUACUUCACUCCUGAUCCAAAUAAUAAUAAUCAAUGUUCAAGUGUAUUUGUCAUGGGACAAGAUAUGCUAAGG